AUGGCGAGGUUAAUGGAAGAUCAGAGCUCGAUAGAAAUGAACGAUGAGAAGGAAACGCUUGAACAAGAUUUUUAUAACUGGGUGGAUAUCACGCAGGAGUUCUUCGAAGCUAUCACAGAGUUGGAGCUUGGAGAACUGCUGCACGAUGAGCUCUUUGGACUAUUUGAUGCGAUGGCUGCCAUAGAGAUGAUGGAUCCAAAAAUGGAUGCUGGAAUGCUGUGCAAUAGGGGUAAUAACAAGCCAUACACUUUUGCACAGGCAGCAAGUACAGGGGUGAUCAAGUUGGAUGGCUUGACACCUGCAGAAAUCAUUGGGAUUAUCGAUUCAACGUAUGCUUGCAUAGUUUCAUGGCUGGAGGGUCACAGCUUAGCACAGACAGUUUUUACUAAUUUAUAUUUGCAUCAACCGGAUCAAAUUAUUGACAAGACUUUGCAGACAUUUUGUUAUGCUGUUUAUAAAAUCAUUGAGGAGAUUAGAGAAUGCAUAGUCAAAGCUUCUGUAUACGAAGAGGAGGACUUCCAGAGCGUUAUGUAUGGUGGCUAUAAGCUUCAGGCUGAUAUCACAGAACAAACAACCAUUUCCAUGUUAAGAGAAGUUGAAGAAGAGUUGCACAGGAAAAGUAGAAUAAAACCUGUUGAUGAUGAAAAAGAAAGAGAGUAUAAUGAUGGAUUAGCUCUUUAUGCUAGAAUUAGAUUCACGAAAAUGUUUUAUCAAGUUUUAACGUUAAUGGGAAGAAAAGAGCAGUUGACACAAAACUUGACUGGUUGUCAGCGUUUUCUAUCCAAUUGUUCUGACAUGAUUCAAGUUAUGAUAAAAACAGUAAAUAGAGGAGCCAAGGCUGAUGAAAUAACAAACCAUCCAAAUGUUAUGGGUUUUGAUCCCAUGAUCAACCAAAGACUACUGCCACCGACAUUUCCAAGGUACACCAAAAUAAAGCCGAGAAUAGAAGCCCUGGAAUACAUGGACGAGCUUAUAAAUCGAUUUAAAACCGUCACGAAAAUCACGAGUUAUACCAGUUUUCACGGUGCACUGGACUUCUUUCUCGAAUUCUCACGUCAAAGUCCGUGCAUUCUAUCAAGGUCGAUGCUGCAAAUUGUUUAUCUGUUCAAUCGCGUCUUCGUUACUGAUAAUUUUGCGGAUCUAUUAAAGGAUGCUGCUAGAAAUUUCAUUGCACCACCUGCUUUAAUGCCGAGAAGUACUUUGUUACAGAGUCAUCAAGCCAAGGAGUGCGUUGAUAACUUUUUAGCACAUUGUGCCAACUUUUUCAGUACUCUGUUACAGACUACUGGCCAUAAUAGGGCUCGGCAAAGAGACAGAUUAGCUUAUUUGUUUGACAACUUUGCAGCUUUGCAAGACGAGGCUGAACGAGUUGACAGUUAUAUGCAUGCAUUAUCUUUGAAAAGUGAUACACCCAGGCCGCAUUUAGCGUGUUUUGGAACUUGGAUUUUGUAUCACACUUUGCGUGUUAUGGUUAUGUACUUGUUGAGUGGCUUUGAACUUGAACUCUAUUCAGUUCAUGAAUACCAUUACAUAUUUUGGUACCUUUACGAGUUCCUAUAUGGUUGGCUUGUCUCUGCCAUAACGAGAGCGGAUUCAUUUAUAAUGGAACAGGAUAUGCAGAACGAAUCGAGAGCAAUUAAUCAGAAAGGUCGAAGCAGUAAAAAGAGCGCGAAGAACAAGAAAAAGAAAGCAACGCUUCGGCCGUUCCAUCUAGAAAUAUUGAUGUAUCAAGCAAUGCAAAAUAUUUGCGGUGGCUUUUACAAGGCACUGGUGGGUUUCCGUAUGGACGGUAGGAUACCAUUACCAGAGAGUCAAUUUGACUGUGAGCGGGUUCGAUACGAACAUCGGCUGCUACCCUUUUCUUCUCUGAUUACGCCACCGCCAGUACCCUAUAAAAAGUUCAUAGAGAUGACAAACGCUCAAACGAGCAGAUCGAGUGAGAAAAACACUAGUGCAUCUCAAUACUUUGAUGGUUGUCGACAUUUUCAUCAAGCUAAAAAUAUGUUGGAUCGCGCGUUAGAGUUGAAUCCAUUAAAUCCGAACACUGUAAACGAGAUAAACGAUUUGUUGAAAGUUGUUAAAACUAAUUUCAUUGUGCUGAAACUUUUAAAUGGAGGCCACAAAAUAGAUUCCAAGGAGCCGCCAGUUUUCGACUUUAAGUGUCAUCCGCACUUCCCUAUUAUAAAGCUUACUUAAUCAGCUUCUCUUCGUGGCAAUACUAUUUUUUAACGUGCGCGUCAUCACUAUUUAUUAUAGUUAAAUGAGAAGUAUAAUGGUAACGAAAAGCUGACGUGAUUUUCCGAUUCGAGUUCGUCUUCCCCGGAGCAUUAAUAACGGUUUUCUUCGAGAUCCACCCAACUUUUUGCUGUACAUUGCGCGUAACCCCACCUAACAAUUUUGACAAUCUAAACAUAACAAGUGAUAACAUUCAUUGUUAAUUUAAGGUUUAGUUAGUCGAGUGUUAAGAGACGUGUCUCGAAAGACUUUAACUCGAAUGUUUAAUUUUCUUUAAAAGACUAAGUUUGUAAAUAUAUAAGUAUAACUAGGCAUUGUAGUUAUAAUGUCGGCUGAACGAGAAAGAAAAUAGCGACCGAGGUCGUAAGCGUUUCUUUUAUCGAGAAUAUUUCACGAGAUGUACAAAUUUUAUUUUUCUCUCCCGAGCUGUAUUCGGCUCGUCAAUUAAAUGGAGUUUACGUUCUUGUGUGUUGUUUAUGUUUGCGCUAAAUUAAUUGACGAUGUACAAAAGCAUAAUCAUCGCGUAAUAGUAGAUAUACAUAACUUUGAAAAAUGAAAAUACAAAAACAAUGCAUCGUACUACAUCAAAUCAGUGACAAGAAAGCAAGAUCUCGAGCUAUAUUGUUCAUUCGUUAUAAUCAAAUAAAAACGCACUUGUCACCGGAA